UUGAUGACGUAAAUUAAAGAUAAAUUUAAGGAAGCCUUAAGUACAAGGUCUGACUAUGAAUACGGGCAUUAAUCACUUCAAUACUUUCAAGGAUGCGAACUCCCGUAAGGAUGUCGGUCUUUAAUAAUAUCUCGGUGCUACGACUUAAGACUCCACGACCAUCUAUGACUUCAAGGUUAAACACAAUAGGCACAGGCAAUAGGCAACAGGGAACAAUUGGAAAGCACCCUCUGAUUAUAGGAUUUCUAGACGCUGUCAUAUAAAGGCAUCUUUAAUAUGUAUCGCCUUGCACAAACGGAUCCAGUGUGAAUCCAGCAUUAUACGUGACGUUUUGACGUGUUUUAGCGCAAAAGCACGUUCAAAUUUGAAGUAACGACGUUAACCUCAAAUAAAGUGUUUUUUGGCGCUUAACAUUAUCUUUGCAAUCAAUCGCAAUGGAAGCGACCGCAUCAACAGUGAGUCUCAAUGUGGAUGAGGAUUUGGAUGAUUUCACUCCGGCAAAAUUGGUUAAAACAUUAGAGAAAAAUGGCAUUACAGCUGGAGAUAUUAAGAAACUUCAAGAUGCCGGUUAUUACACCGUCGAGGCAGUGGCCUACGCAACCAAGAAGGAUCUCUUGGUGAUCAAGGGCAUCAGUGAAGCCAAAGCAGAUAAGUUGCAGCUGGAAGCCUCUAAGAUGGUUAUGAUGGGCUUUAAGAGUGCCACGGAGGUACAUCAAACACGGGCGAAUAUUGUCUAUAUUACCACAGGUUCUAAGGAAUUAGAUAAGCUAUUAGGUGGAGGAAUAGAAACUGGCUCUAUUACAGAGAUCUUUGGAGAAUUCAGAUCAGGAAAGUCUCAGCUGUGUCACACUCUUGCUGUGAACUGUCAGUUACCUAUCAGUAUGGGUGGCGCAGAGGGCAAGUGUCUUUACAUAGAUACAGAGAAUACUUUUAGACCAGAAAGAUUAAUAGCAGUGGCAGAAAAGUACAAGAUCAAUGGACAGUCAGUUCUCGAUAACGUCGCUUGUGCAAGAGCGUUCAACACUGAUCACCAGACUAAGUUGUUGCUUCUAGCCAGUGCCAUGAUGACAGAGGCAAGAUACGCCCUGUUGAUAGUCGACAGUGCGACUGGUUUAUAUAGAACCGAUUACACCGGCAGGGGUGAAUUAUCAGCUAGACAAGUCCAUUUAGGGAGAUUCCUUAGAAUGUUGCUGCGACUGGCAGAUGAACAUGGAAUAGCUGUAGUUAUAACGAAUCAGGUAGUUGCACAAGUCGACGGUGCCGCUAGUAUGUUCGGUGGUGAUCAGAAAAAACCGAUUGGUGGUCACAUUUUAGCACAUUCAAGCACAACGAGAUUGUACUUGCGUAAAGGCAGAGGGGAAACUAGGAUAUGCAAGGUAUAUGAUUCACCAUGUUUACCAGAGAGUGAGGCGACAUUUGCCAUAAAUCCGGAUGGCAUUGGCGAUGUAAAAGAAUAAGUUUGAACUGAAGAGUUAGAAUUAAAAUGAAUAUAAUAAAUUAUUACACAGUGAUUUAUUUUUAAGAAAACCGAUAAAUGUAUCUCAGCAUUAGAUAUCAACUUAUUUUUAUUAAGGUGAAGUUAAAUAAAGGAACAAAUGUUUCUCUCA